CCCUCGGCCCCCACCGACAAACUGGAGAAGGUUCUGGAGCGUCUGGGGUCUCGGUUCCCUCAGUGCACCAAGGCCCAGCUGACCACGCUGCUGCAGCAGGUGAAGAGCUCCCGGGGGACGCUGGCGGGGAUGUCCAUGGAUGAUGUCAUCGAGCAGGUGGGCUUCAAGCUGGCCCAGAGCGAGAGGUCGGCCCCGGGGCCCAUCAGCAGACCCGCUCCUCCGGGGCCCAUUCAGAGACCCACCCUGCCCCUGCAGAGAGCCGCCGCCCCCCCUCCACCCACUGGCGUCCGAAAACUCUGCCUGAUGUGCCAGAACCACGUGGACCCGGAGCACCGGUACCCCUUGAGCUGCUCCCACACCAUCCACAAAGACUGCAUCCAGAUGUGGCUGCAGACCAGCAAGAACAACUCCUGCCCCUUCUGCCCGGGGGGGCAGUGAGGACCCCCGCACCAGCCCCUGUUCAUCUGCAGAGGCCUGGUUCUGCUCGACCCGGAUGGUUCUGUUCUAACAUUUAAACAGUUGGACUUUGUUCUAAAACUGAAUCUAAUGUCUGAUUUAUAAAAACUGUAUUUUAUUACAAACAGAUCAAACUUUAUUACAACUUUUCCAAUAAAAACUCUUUAAAAAGG